AUGAAAACAAUUAAAAUUAUAGUAUCAAUACUAUUGUUAUUAAUCAUAUCAUUAGUUUCUGUAAAUGGACAAGAUUAUUGUGAAUAUUUGAAACAAUCUUUGAUGUUUUACAAAGCGAAUAGAGCUGGAAGAUUACCGGAUAGCGAUAUUCCAUGGCGUGGCAACUCAGUGCUGGGUGACUCUAGUGGUGGUAAAAAUGCAGAUGGAGAUGGUGAUCUGUCCAAAGGUUAUUUUGAUGCUGGAGAUGGUGUUAAAUUUCUAUUUCCUAUGUCAUUUUCAAUGACAAUGCUAUCACUUGGUUUCUUAGAAGCACAAGCUAACAUCCAAUCCUGUGGACAAACUCAACUCUACCUAGAUACCAUUAAAUGGGGUACAGACUUCAUUAUGGCAUGUCAUACCUCUGACAAUACAUUCGUUGCUCAAGUGGCAGAUGGAAAUACGGAUCACUCAUUCUGGGGACCACCUGAAAUGAUCAACAUGGCGCGUCCAGUCUUCACUUUGAAUACCAACAAACCUGGAACCGACGUUGUUAUGGAGGCUGCCUCCGCAUUGGCCUCUGCCUCAAUUAUCUGGAAAGGAAUAGAUUCAAGCUAUUCAUCGAGCUGUCUGAGUCAUGCAGCCAAACUCUACAGCUUUGGAAUGAACUACCAAGGAAAGUACUCAGAUAGCAUUCCAGAGGCAGACAGCUUCUACCAUUCAAGCAACUACAAGGAUGAAAUUGUUUGGGGUUCGAUUUGGAUGUAUAAAGCAACUGGAUCUGCUUCCUACCUGGCCACUGCAGAACAGUACUACGCCAACUAUGGAUUGAACUAUUGGGGAAAUCCACCUUUGAGUUGGGAUAACAAAGCACCGGGUUGCUCGCUACUGCUCUACCAGCUAACCUCUAAGGAUAUCUACAAGAGUGGAAUGGAAGACAAUCUCAAUAGUUGGUUACCUGGUGGCAGUAUUAAGUACACUGGAACGAAUGGACUGGCUUUCUAUGACAAAUGGGGACCGUGUAGGUAUGCUGCUAGCGCUGCAUUCGUAGCCAGUGUAUAUGGUGGUGAUAAAUAUGUAAACUUUGCCAAAUCACAACUCGGUUAUAUUUUGGGUGACAAUCCCAAUGGUCAGUCGUUCGUUGUCGGUAUGGGACCAAAGAUGCCAAUCAAUCCUCAUCAUCGUGCAGCACACGGUUCCACAACAAACGACAUCAACAACCCAGUCAACAACAAACACAUACUAACUGGUGCUCUAGUAGGAGGUCCCGAUGAGAAUGGAGCAUACACAGACGACCGUACCAAUUAUAUAACAAAUGAAGUUGCAACCGAUUAUAACGCAGGUUUUGUUGGUUUAUUAUCAAUGUUUAGUAAAGGAUCUAUGCCACCAACGACAACAGGUAAUACACCAUCACCUUCACCUUCACAACCAUCACCUUCACCAUCACCUUCAGAACCAUCACCUUCACCAUCGCCCUCACAACCAUCACCUUCACCAUCACCUUCACAGCCUUCACCUUCACCAUCGCCCUCACAACCAUCACCAUCACCUUCUACACCUUCUGCCCCAAUUCCACCAGCCACUAAUCAACCAACAACAACAUCACCAAAAGAAACAUCUGUUCCUGAAGUCAGUACUUCCUCUACUCCAAUAGAUACAACAACAGAUAAACCGACAGAACCAACAACAUCUAGCACAACAGCAACAUCUACAUCUACAUCUACAUCUACAUCCACAGGAACAUCAACAUCAACAUCAACAUCUACAGCAACAUCGACACCAGAAACAACGAGCAAUACAACCAGUUCACCUUCACUUACAACUUCGAGUGCUACAAGUUCGCCAACGACACUAUCAACAACAGAUGAGGGUACAACCACCGACGGAACAACAACAACACAAGAUAAGAUAUCAUGGUUUAUAGUUGCUCUAUUUAUUAUGACCUCUACAUUUAUAUUACUUAAUUAA